CCUGAAUCAAAACAUCGCCUUGCUCUUACGUCCAAUUUACGGAACCCCUUACCCUCGUGUUCAGGAACCUUGGACUAUAUAUAUCCGCACGAGAAAGGGUGGACUUAGGCUUGGCCCCUCUAGCUCUCAUCCCUCUCCUCCCGAAUUAACGCUGCAGUCAGGAUGUUGUCACUCAUCAUAUCAUCACUCUUCUUCGCGUGGGCGUUUGCCACUCCCUUUCCCCGCGUACCUCAAUUGCAUUGCAACAUAGUCGACACCGGUGCGGAAUACCUUGUUCUCGAGAACAAAACUUCUGCACACAUCAUUCCCGGAGUAUAUUCCAAGUAUCGUCUUAAAGAUGCUUUGAAAGCAGCGGGGAGUCAUGCGAAUCCAGGGACUAACCCUAUGGUUGUUGUCGACACCGAACAAACGAGCCUCGGGUUCAAUUCCAACUUAGCUGACUUCGAAUCUUGCAAAUCGAAUUACAUGGGCUUCCCCGCACAAAGGACAACGUCUUCGGGAAAGAAGCACUGGUACGGUCACGUCCGACUUUACGGAGAGGGCCCAAAGUCCCCCAAUUCGCCGAAACUCUGCCUGACGAAACACUGGAUUUCUCCCAGCCUUCAGUUCUUGACUGGAGAGCCUUGCUCGUACAAAGACGAUGCUUCGCAAGAAAACCAAUACUUUGACAUGCUGGAAUUGGGGAGAGGUUACGAAUUGGCGGAUUAUUUGCUGACUCAGAUUGGGGCGCCGAGCCGGCAGCACUCAAAGAACUAUUAUUAUCUGCCUGGUACAGCCAAGGCUCCCGCUUUCACUGUGCAUCCCGAUCAAAACACAGGCUAUGCCCUCCACUUCAGUUAUGUGCAUGUGAACUGACGAUCUAUAUAUAUACAACGAACUUGAUGGCACUAUUGGACAUUUGUUUCUACUAGUGCGCUUAGG